GGCGCAUACGGCGUUGACGUAUUUUACAUGUGUAAAAAACUAAGGACGUAAAAUACCUAGUAUUUUACAUGUCUAAAACCGUGUAAUUUACAUUGAGUAUUUUACGUGCCCAACCCUGCUCAUGACCAUUUCAGGCGGCGAUGUUGGCAACGCUGAUCGUGGCGUUGACUUCUGUGGUGUUAUUGUAGUUUCGGAGCAAGCGGCGGAAGUGGAGAUUGUUUUGUAGCAGAUUAAUCGAAAGGGCACUCGAGAAUUGCGUGGCAAGAUGGUUUUACUGGGACAAAUAAGAAAUAUGCUACCGGCUGUGCAACAGACACUCGUGCACAGGCAUUUUCACACAAGCAGGGUAGCCAGUAGAGUGCAAUCCGGCCGUUACAAAAUCACAAUCAACAAGGACAAGCCACUGACGUACGAGAUGGCAAAUCCGCCUCAUUACAUCGCUCACAGGAAAUCCUGGAAUGCUUGGAACACCUCAAAUAUCAAGGAUGGGAACAGACCAGCCGAGACGGCCGUAGAAGAUAUGUUCAUUCGACAGUUCAUGAAGGGGACGUGGCACAAUUUGUUCGCGAGCGAAAUCAUCAUUAAGCGGCAGCACAACAUUAUUAGGAUAGCUGGUAUCAUCGCGCGCGGCUUAACACCUUAUAAAAUAUAUUUCCUAACUGGCUAUACCGAGGAACUUCUGAGCUACUGGCUUCAGUGUCCGGUUAAAGUGGAAUUGGUCACGAUUGACAAUAAGAAACAAAUGAUAUUCAAAUAUAUAUAGAAAACAGUAUAUAUAAAUAGUAAACUAUAUGUAAAUACAAUAAGUCCUUGUUAAUAAACCAGAUUUUAAAAUAAUUUCCAAUA